UCCUGCGUGGAGGACAUGGAGCUGAGGUGGUACAGGAGCCGGCCCUUGCCUACCAUGUACCUGCACAGGCGCAGAGCACAGGUGUCCAGAGAGCAGAUGGCAGAGUCCCGGGGGAGGACGACUUUCCUGGGCAACCACCUGGCCAGGGGCAAAGCUGUGCUGGGGAUUCACAACAUCACUGUGUAUGACAACGGGACCUACCCCUGCCUCUUCAGGGAUGGGGAGCCUCACAGCGAGACCACCCUGGCGCUGCAGGUGGCAGGGCUGGGCUUGGAGCCCAGAAUCCAUGUGACCGAGGACCUGGACAAGGGCAUCCGAGCCGAGUGCACCUCAGCAGGCUGGUACCCAGAGCCUCACGUGGAGUGGAGAGACUUCAGGGGGCAUGCGGUGCCGGCUGUGACCCGUUUCUCAGCCUCAGCCACCACUGGCCUCUUGGCUGUGCUGUCCAGGGUGGCCGUCCCAGACAGGAGCAUGGGGGGUCUCACCUGCUCCAUCUCCAGCCCCCUGCUCCAUGAGAGGAAGGUAGCUGAGAGCCACCUGCCCGCCGGGGGUCUCUGCCUCUGCCCGAAGCUGAACCGGGAAGAGAGCGAGGAGCAGCCGGAGAAAGGGAGGCUGCAGGAAGAACAGGAGCUGGGGCCUGGAGCCGGCCGCGACAGGAUUGAGCCAUUCCAGGGUGAGCGGGAGUGGGGAGCUGGGCAGGACCACGCUGUCACUCACCUGGGCCUUCUGAACCAGCUUUGUGCUGUCCUGGGGCCCACCACCUCCACACCAGGACCGUGGCUGGCACAGGAGGCCCCGGGGGCACCGUCAGAGCCUGUCCAGCCUGGCAGUGCGGGCUGCAGCCUCGGCGUGAGCUCCUUGGAGUCCAGGGACGGGGCGUGUUCUGUGACAGUGAGUCCCUCGCUGGACCCCGCCACAGCCAGCCCCAGGCUCUCCCUGUCUGAGGAUCAGAAGAGCAUGAGGCGGCUGCUCUUCGACCAGGACCUGCCCCCCUGCGCCAGCAGCUUUAAUCAGGACCCCUGUGUGCUGGCCUGGAGCAGUUCUUUGCCGGGCAGUACUACUGGGAGGUCGAGGGGGGUGCAGGGAGCCAAUGCCCACUUCACACUGCGCCUUCAGAGUAGACUGGGGGUGAGCACCGUGGUGGUCUGCGGGUGUCGCAGGGAGCACUGGGAGUAG